UUGAAGCUCGUGUUGACACAGCGAAGUGAUAUUCUGUUGUGUUGUGGUCAUUAUAUUUGGAAAUUCACAGUUAUAGCCGAGCUAUUUACAGACAUUAUUCCGCUAUAAUGAUACAUGAAUAGGUUAACCCAAGAUUUCCAUAAGUUUGGACUUUAGUUCGUAAACUAGUUUGAUGUCAUGAGACGAAUAAGUUGAAGGUUUGCCUUGCUGCAGUUGAACAAUUUCGUAGGGAAGAAACUCUUUACUGUUUCCUCACAGUUGCUUUGAAUGAGAAUACAGCAUGGGAAAAGACCAAGAUUUAAUUCAGGCCGUUAAAACGAAUGAUGUGGGCACAGUUAGGAAGAUACUCAGCAAAAUUACGUCUUCUAAAUCUAAAAAAGGAAACAGAAAACUAAACAUCAAUGUUCAAGAUGAGGACGGGUUCACUGCACUUCACCAUACAGCACUUAUGGGCAACACAGAAAUCACCAUGGCAUUGCUGGACAUUCCUGAAUGUAAUGUUAACGCUAGAGACAAGAAAGGCAUGUCUCCAUUACAUCUUGCAAGCUGGGCUGGUAAGACAGAGAUAGCUAAGUUGCUAGUACAGUACAGAGCAUGUGUUAAUACCUGUGCUGAUACUGGCGAUACUCCACUGCAUCUUGCAUGUCAGCACCAUAAUGCAGGAGUGGUUGAAAUACUUCUUGAUUCUAAUGUUGAUUGUACCGUUGUCAAUAAAAAUGGUGAAUCACCCCUUGAUUUGGCCUGUAGAUUUGGAUGUGCUCAGGUUGUGGAGUUGCUUUUAAAAAGUAACGACUUCCCAAAACUUUUAGCACUGUUUGAAGAAAAUCCCAAAACUGCUGAUCCCCCUCUUCAUAUUGCUUGUAAAACAGGACGAGAGGAGAUUGUAGUAAUGCUACUAGAUGCUGGUGCUGAUGUCAAUCAACGUGGCACUAAUGGUACAGCAUUACAUGAAGCAUCUCUAUAUGGAAAAACAGAAGUUGUCAGAAUACUACUUGAUAAUGAAGCUGAUGUCAGUAUUACGAAUGAAGAGGGUUACACACCACUAGAUGUUGUCAAUCAUUUUACAAAGUCAGGGGCUUCUCAGGACAUAAAGGAUCUUCUGAGAGAAGCAUCCAAGAGUAAAGUCAUUAUUGCCAAAGCAGUACAUGAUUAUCGUAAUCUUUAUGACCCAACAUGUUUGUCAUUAAAAAUUGGAGAUACUGUAGAGAUACUUGAGAAGAAUGAAAAUGGCCGGUGGAAGGGUAAAGUGCAUAAUGGAAAAAAAGAAAUCAUUGGUUAUUUUCCCUCUUCCAUGGUGAAGCUAUUAAACACAAAGAAAACUUCAGUUUCAGGUAAACCUUUGUCAUUGAAAGAUGCUGGUGUGCUACCAAUAGGGAAAUACGAAAUGGUUACAUUACCUACUGCUACAGAGCAGUCGUCACCAGUCCACGAUAAGAGACCAAGGAUGAGUAGUUUCGGCAAACCAAAUGAUCGUACUCCACCCGCAGAACCAAAGAGGGAACACACGUCUCCAAAACAUUCCUACCCAAAUCCUAUUACAAAUGGCAUCAAAGAGAAUAGACUCUUUCAGAAGACGCAGGAGUCUUUGCAGUAUGUCGAGGUAGCGGUGGACAAUAGUGCAACGUCACCUACCUCAAUAAAGAGUCCAACUAGUCCCAGGCCUACUGAGUAUGCAGAGGUUCUGUUGCGUGACGAAUUGCGUGACUCCAAUGACAAUAAACCCCCGCCGUCUUUACCAGAGAAAAAAUUCAAAGUCGAAACUGGAAUGGCGAAAAAGGUCGAAGAAGAUAAUGAUAUUUGGAUUAAAAACUCAACAAGUCAACCAGAGUUACCGCCUAAAGGUAGACCACUGACACCAACUACAAGCACAUUACAGGAUCUUACAGCCAAUGGUAACGGAUUAGACCAGAACACUAAUAUUGAUCAAGAAAUACCCGAAAUACCUGCAAAAACUAACACUAAGAAAAAUGAAAGAAAAAUGAAAGAAUGGGAAAAAGAUUUGGACUUGGAAGAGGACGUCAAACCUAAAUUUGACUUGUCAACUUCGAGUCGAAACGAUUCUCACAGCAGCGAUACCUUAAAACCUAAUUAUGAGGAUAUGACACUGAACACACUUGACAAAGACGAACCUUUGUUUAAACGGCAUGCAAGGAAAGAGAACUAUUCGCCUACGAAACUUGAACUUAACGAUAAUGAUGGACGUUUGUCUCCAGGUUUCACCCGAAGACAAUUGAUGUCUUACGAAAAUGUAGAGCUUAAAGGCAGGCAAAAAGAUGUCAUUCAAAGUAUGUUAAUAACUGAAGUCGAUCAGGACGAUGUUGAGUGUAGCUCGCAUAACUAUGAAAACGUACAUAAAGGUUUUGAAAAGCGAUUACCAAGUAAAAGCAAUAGAGAUAAUCAAGAAUACGAGCAAAUGUUACCUGAAGAUGACACGGGUAUGUCGAAGUAUGAAACCAUGAAACGAGGAGUGAGUGUAGAAGAUUUGACAGGUUCUGGGCAGGGCGAUCAAAAGGAUAAAAGGGCUCUGACAAAGUCUGAUUCAUACGAAAACGUUGAUAUCAAGACGUCGAGCAUUUCUGGACCCAAUGACUACCUAACUGAGAAUGAACCCGAAUCUCCGUCCCAUGGUUACAUCAACAUUAAAAUACCAGUGUUACCUGACCGAUCAAGUCAAGCAUCGCCCGUACAGCAGCCAGGAUUAACGAUGAAUGAAUACAACGCACUCUAUGAUUGGCUGGAAAGCUGUAAACUAGCUAUCUACAUCGACAACUUUGUAAAUGGUGGUUUCGACAUGAUUAGCGUUACUGGACUGACAGCCGAGGAUUUGACUGCUAUCAAUAUCACGAAAACUGGUCAUCGCAAAAAGCUUCUCUCUGACUCCGCUAAACAGAAGCUCCCAGAUAAUGUGUUCCCUUCUAAGAGGCCUGAUGAUAUCAUGACGUGGUUAAGACUAAUCCACCUCGACCAGUACACUCCACAAUUAAUGGAUAAUGGGUUUGAUGACAUGGAGUUUGUUCAAGAUAUCACUAUCGAAGACCUUGAGUCGAUAGGAAUCACCAAACCAGGACAUCAGCGAAAACUCUGGCUAGCUGUUAGUGCGUUGAACUCUACCAGUAAUGCUAUCCCUGCAGAACAGUAUCUGGAGACCGAUUUGGACAUGGUUCACGAGAAUAAUUUGCGAGAGGAAAAAGACAGAGAAGUGCGAACUACUGAUAUCGAUAGCGCUUUGUCGCGGUUACCGGCUGACGGCGCUGAUUUGAGCUUUGCAGACGAGGAGGUCAGUACCAUUGCCAGGAACACGAAGAAGGAGAGUAGUAAGCAGGUCAUGGAUAACGCAGUGGCAUCGCUUCAUAUCGAAUCGUUAGAUGAGACUAGAGGAAGCACACCUGAUCUUGAUACUAUCCUCGACUCCAUGGACAAUGAAGGUGUAGCACUGGUUAAUCCAUCAAUUCAACUAGAAGAUAAGAAACCUUCGGGUCCUUUUCAAAUCACUCCUCAUCGUCAACAGACAACGGAAGAAUUAAACAACAACGGCGUAGAUGUAGAGACAAGUGACAAUAAGUCUGUGAUUAUUAACUCUCAAAACGGUGCAACAAUCGAUGACACGAAAUCGAAUGAGACAGUCAGAAGCAAUGCUUUGUUAGUGGAACCUACAGAAAACUCAACGCCUUCACGAGAGGAAAUAGCAAUGAAGCCAAAGGAGUCGAACUGCGUAUCAGCAGAUCCAACAACGCAAUCACAUGACGACACAAGACCUAACGAACCGUCAUGCAACACUAAUUACGASUCAGAGGACCCACAAGACAAUACAAUGCCAUCACAUGACUGCACAACGUCGACUGAAGACACAUCGUCAUCGCCCUUAACCACACGGCAUAACUCUAUGGAGAGCAAGACGAGCUACUCGUCCAAUCAGGAACGUUCGCGAGGUUUGUCAUUCGAUUCCAAGACAUCGAAAAAACCGCCACCUCCAGUGAAACCCAAAUUGUUUAAGAAACCGCCGGUAAAGACCCCACCCAAACCCACUCAGCCAGUUGACAAAGGAGAAAACGAGAGACUUGAGAGACGGCACACUACAGGGCAAAACGUUCGAUCCAGACAGCCACCCCCAGUGCUUCCAAAGACUCGCCAUGGCAGUGUACACAGUACGAGUAGUGAUGGAUCUAUUGAUUCAGUUAUUGAGGAAUUGGAACAACAAAAAUAUUAUGAACAAAGAAGAAAAUCUUUCGAGCAAUUGCGCAAACGAUUUGUUGAUCCGGAGAGCGACGGCAGCAGCAGUAGCGAUGUGGACAGGUCUGAAGGAAAAACAAGAGCAGAUAGCGAAGGUUUGCAGGACCAAAUCAAAGAAGUGUUUAGACGAUCACGUGAGAACCUCGUGGAUUCGACUGGCGAACCCGCUGACCCUGUUAAAAAUACCAGUCAAGUAGAAACUACUGACGAAGAUUUGGAGCGAGAUCAACAGAUAACUGAUGACCUCAUGAAAGACAUCAACAGUAUGCUGUCUGACUUUUCGACAGAGAUCGAUUGUAUGUUUGAUCAAACAGACGAAAAAUCUACAUCAGUAUAGUCACGUGGUCAUCAAUCUGGUUCCCUGUCCUUUUCACAUGGAUCUCGGCACAGGAAGACCAAUCAACAAUAUCCUUAUCAUCAGCAAUAUUUAAUACUUCCGUGACGUUGUUCAAGCUAAGCUUUAUGUAAAAUAUAUAAAGAAUGAACUCGGUCUUAUACAAAACUACAAAUAGAAUAUCUAUAUACAAUGCCUUGAUCUCAAGCUAACACACUGCUUUGCGAACUACAAGCAUAGCUAUUAGUAUGAAAGUGAUUGAUAAUCCUGGAAAAUGUAAAAUUGCAUUGUCCGUCGAAAACUUAUCACUAUAAUUUAGAACAAAUCGUUUACAUGAAAAUCUAAUAGUGUGCUGAAUCGUGGGUAGCCCGCAAUGCGUCAGUAAAUUGAAACCGCGGUCCCCCGAUUCCCGGGGAAUACCAGGGGAAUUAACAUUUCAGUAUUGUUCAACUUGGAGGCCAAAAAAGGCGGUUAAACUCUUUAUUUCCUUUACAUUACCAUUCAUUGUGCUGUUAAAACAGUGUUAAUCCACGGCUGUAGUGUGUUAAUCUCUCGGUCCUCCCGCCGGGUUUGUGGCCGGGGUUCCAAUUGACUGAUGCAUGAGGUCACCCUACUAGAGCUGAAUAUAUUCUAUACGGCGCGCAGACUUUUAGAUUUGCUCCAAAACCAAUAGCUGUGGUGGCUCUUUCGUUUCAACUAGAUCAAAAUCAGUCCAAUAGACCUAAUCGGCUUCAACCCAAUUCAAACCACCCGGGAGUAAGUUUCAUUGUUCGUUGUAUUUUCAUUUCAAAGUUGAAUUCUUAGAAACAAAAGUUCUUUUUCCCACAGGAUUUGAAUUGGGUGGCAACGUACAUAGCAACGCCGUUAGCCGAUUAGGUCUAUUACUUCUUGAAGAAGAUUCGUUAACGGGAAAUUACAAUCAAUUAUCGAUUACGCAUGCCCAAGGGGGAAAAUAUCCCACAUGGCUAAUUCCCUGCUCCUUACUCAUCUAAUGCCAUAUCCUAUUGAAUUCUUAGCGUAAUUCAUUCCGAUUUCCCAACCUUUGAAUUAAAUUGAAGCAAUAUCCAGGGUCGACAUCCAAAAAGUAUACGACUUACGCUAGACGUUUCAGUAAUUGAGACUGAUUUUGCCCAGUCACCGACUACAUGUGAUAAAACGUAGACUUCGUAAAAGUCAUUCUCUAAUUCCUUUAGAAUAUACUGAAUAUCUCGAUAAAGUAGAAUUAAACGUAGGAAAAAAGUAACAAAGAUGAUAUUUUCAUAUGCUUUGGAAGAUUUGUAUAAUAAAAGAAAAAGUAAGUAGUAAAUAAAGUAAAUUUCUAUUUGUGCGUGCA